CUUAAGCUUGUUGGGUUGGGAAGCUGUCGAAUAUUAAAAAACAAUAAAAUGUGUUGCGUCUGUUUUUAUUUCAAUUAUGUUAAAUUAAUGGCAUUAUAAGCAAUAGUGUGAAUGAAAAGUAUUAUUAAUGCUAAGUUGUGACAUAAUAUGGCCUUAAUUAAGAACAACGGUUCUAUAAUUGACCCCGCGUUGUGUAGAUGCUGCAGAGCUAUAAAGAAAUGCAGAAUCCUAACAUCAGAAUACACUUGGAUGGAGAAGAAGGAGAUUUAUGCAGAUAUGAUAAUGGAUUGCUUCGGUAUUCUCUUGUCUCAUGUCGACGACGAGGUGAAGGAUAGCGGCGUAUGUGCAACGUGUGUCGUGCGCUUGCGCGAUGCUUGUGCUUUCCGCCAACAAGUUUUGCAAUGCGAGGAAUUAUUCCUGAGUGCCAAACUGGAAGACAGAGAUGAGACAAAGAAGGACACGGAAAUCGAACUGAAAACCGAGCCAAAGGAUGAUUGCAGUGAACACAAUUCAUCGAACGAGGAGCACCAGGAGAUAAUUUCUUUAGAUUAUCCACCUGCAGUUGUAGAUGUUAAAUCACCGAAGAAAGAAGAAGAUGAAAAUAAACCAGACUUAGAACCUCAUAAUAAUAUAGCUAAAGAUAUGGACAUUGAAAUAGAUGAUAUGGACGAUGAUGACUACCACGACGACUACUCAGGAUCUUCAUCAGAUUCAGACAAGCCCAUAAAAAGGAAAUCUAAAAGCAAAAAAACGAAAGGCACCAAGAGUAAUGGUACCACGAAGAAAAAGGUACUGAAGGGUAAAGGGACCAAGAUAAAACAGAAAGCAGGUUCCUCGGUAGAAAAGAAAUCUAAGAUUAAAAAGCCUCCCGUAGAAAAGAAGAAUACGUACGAUCGUGAUCUUGAUUGUAUGUCUGAAGAGAACCUCCUCACAAUUAUUCAAUAUUCAUACGUAUGCCCAUUUAAGAAUAGAAGAAAUAAUUAUUAUUGUUUCUACUGUAAGGACUAUUAUCCAAAACCCGAAGACUUGAGAGAGCACACGGUAUCCCAUGACACAAAACCAUUCCAACUUCUGAUGGGUUACAAGAAAAUGCCGAAAUUAGACAUCACAAGAAUAGACUGCAGACUGUGUCCGAUGAAGAUAAACGAUUUGGAAACAUUCAAACAACACAUAGAUCAAGUUCACGACAAGAAAAUAUACUUCGAAGCGCCAGACAAGAUGCUGCUGUACCGAUUGACGUGGAACGAUCUAGUUUGUGUUAUGUGUAAUGAUGUGUUCGAAGAUUUCAAUACAUUAAACACACACAUGGUGGAGCAUUUCAGUAACUACACAUGUGACAUAUGCGGUGUUUGCUUCUUAGAGAAACCUCGCCUAGACGCUCAUCUGAAACGCCACAAAGACGACGAGAGACACACGUGCGAAGUGUGCGGUAAAGUUUUUAAAUCGAACCAUUACAAGGACAUGCAUGUCGAUAUAGUGCACAAAAAGAAAGCAAUAAUUCGGUGUCCGCGUUGUGACGAGUGUUUUAUGUCUUACGCGUUGAAAAACAAACAUCUGACCGAAGCGCACGGUCAGAAACGUACGUAUCCGUGUAAUUUAUGUGACAAAGUGUAUAAUAGGCAGAAGACGUUGACAGAACACCAGCGGAGGAAUCACCAGAAGGUUCUCAAGCAUCAAUGUGAGUAUUGCGAUCAGAGAUUCUAUUUACCAUCGCGUUUGAAGGAACACAUAGCGACUCAUACCGGCGAAAGGAACUUCAGGUGUGAGUACUGUGACAAAAGCUAUCCUCGCCUCAAAUCGUUACAAUAUCACAUACGAACGCACACGAACGAUAGACGUUAUCGGUGUCAUAUAUGUGGUCAAGCGUUCAUACAGAAUGCAAGUCUUAAAUCACAUAUAAAGAGUCAUCAUCCAGAAUGUGACAUAGAAGGAUGUUAUUUUUAGCAAUAUUAUAUAUCUAGUAGUUAAUUAUUGUAAUUUAAGAAAAGGAAAAUGUACAUCACUUUAUCAAUAUGUCCUAUCUGAAAAUUACCAAAUUGUAGGUGGCAAUUUGCAGGAUAUAGCUUCAAAAUAUAUUAACGAAACGUUAAGAAAAUUGUCAUUGUUUAACUUCACCGCCCAGUCUCAAAUUUCCAUAAUAAAUCUAAAUUUGUGCUAAAUAUUAAGGUUUAAAACUUCAUACGUUAACAAAGAAGACAAAUCUAAAUAAAAAAGUCACAUAAUAACUUUAUAACAAUAAACUGAAAUGAAUCAUCUGAUUGUAAAUGGUCAAAUCUGCUCACACCUAAACAUUGGCGAUCUAAUGUAAAAAUUUUUUGAUGUGCAAAGAGCAAAUAUUGGUGCCUGCCAGAUUUUAACCCAAUCCAGUUGGCGUGAACCUACCUAAACCUUAAAUUCUAUGACUCGCUUUAUAUGUAAAUGUCUGUAUGUUCACUAUGUAUAGCUCAAACUCUUCCAGCGGUUUUUCGUUAAGUGGCAGAACGGCCUUUCUAAAUUUACCUGGGUAGGUACCACUUUCACAUCAGUGCUUCUACCGCCAAACAGUACCUUUGAUGUUUCGGUUUGACGGUGAACCAGUCAGCAUACAAAUAAAUGGUGCAUAUUAUCUUAAUUUGUAAAUCAUUAUGUGGAAAAAUAAACUUUUAUGAGUGGUGACAUCUUACUAUUAGCGAAUCAUUUGCUGGGUUGCUUUCCAAUCAUAAGAAAAUGAGCAACGCAUAGUCUAUUCUCGGUGUUUAUAAUUUAUAAAAAAAACUAACUUCCAUAAUUUGACUGAAGUUAUUUUUUAUGGCAGAACACUCUUGAUGUAAACGUAUAUUAAUAAAAAUAUGAUAAUACUAUAACCAUACAUAGUUGCCUCAAAUAACAAGUAAACGUGAACGGUAAAAUAUUUGUAAUCAAAUUUAAUAGAAUUUUUACGAGUGACAAAGAAUAUCAAAUUAAAAGAGAUUUAUUACAGUAAUUUAUGCAAUUAUCUUCAUCAAUUAAUAAAUUAAAAUCUCUACAACUUGUUAAUAGCAACGUUAUUUGAUAGAAAUGAAGUUUUGGCAAUCACUGUUCAACUCGAUAUUAAAUGCCAGUUUUUGAAAUGGUGGGUUCCUUCAAACGAGGCG